CACAGACGGAUUUUUAGAGGAGGAAAUGCCUCUGUCAGGAUGUCUCUUAAAUGCCUGACGGAGGCCUACAGUGCAUAAAAGCAGCCAUCCCCUGGUCACAUUCACACAGCCAACAUCUACAGCUCAGGCCCCUGAAGAACAGAAAGACUGACAAAGGUAGAGGAGAGGGUCCACAGCGCUGUCACAGUCACCAGAACACUUGAAGAUCUCCAGACAUGAGCGGAAAGAUGACAGACGUUCAGGCCCAAUAUGAGAAGCAGGGCUAUCUGACCAGCAUUCCCAUACUGAGUGCUGAGGAGCUACAGCAGGCCAGAGAUGCGUUUGCCCUGUUGGAGAAAGAGUUUGGUAAGGACUACACCUCCUACAGCCUGCACAAUGUCCACAUGGAAUACGACUGGGUCAUGGCACUAACUAAACACCCCAGGGUUCUCGAGGUGAUCACAACGGUCCUGGGCCCUGACGUGAUCCUGCUAGACUCCCGCUUCAUCUGCAAAUACCCAGUGUCCAAACGAAGCCCUGCCAAAGCUGGCGACAGCAACGAUGUCACUGCUUACAACCAAGAGAGUGAAGCAGAGAAGAGCAUGUCUGAUCAGAACAGCGACACUGGGCUUCCAUACGUGGCCUGGCAUCAAGAUAUGAAGUAUUGGGGACUGGACGGAGGGCCAGUUGUCUCUGUCUGGCUGGCCUUGGAUGACUCUCUGGAGGAUAAUGGUGCCUUACAGGUCAUUCCAGGAACUCACUGCUCUGGCCUUCUGCCCCACCGUCCAGCCAAACGCGCUGGCAACAUGCUCAGCGUCAAUCAGGAGAUCCCGGAGGAACUGGUGCAGAAAGAAAACUCUUUGCUCUGCCCCCUGCUGGCUGGGCAGAUGUCUAUCCAUGAUGGACUCUUGGUCCACGCUAGUGACCCCAACACAUCAGAACGGAGGCGCUGUGGCUUCGUGAUCCGCUAUGUGCCCGCCGCGGCCUACCCGAUCCAGGAUCCUGAACGACCCAGGAGUUUCCCGGCCACAGUAGUUGUUAGUGGACAAGACAAGUACAACCACUUCUCAAAGCAGAGGCCUGAACUGUGACUGCAUUACUCGGGUUACUGUAUGACUACAUACACCUACAGUGAACUAUCUAUUUAUAAUAAGGUCUAUGUCAAAUUUUCAUUCUUUACUUGUUACUGAUGUUUGAUUGAUUUACAGGAGUCUGGGUAUUAAUGUUGCUUCUAUCUAUUGUACUGUAUGUUGCAUGACGUUGACUUUAAGUAUUACGUGU